AAUCUUAUUUUCAUUUAUUUGUUCUUGAUGACUCGGUAUUUGCACAUGUUUUCCCCUUUGUUUCUUGAUUGUUUGAGAUUGAAUUAUCGUGUCUUUGGCCUAUUUUACGCUAGGUUGUGUUCCUUUGUCACAUUUCAGGUCCUAGCACAUAAAGUGAAGCAUAGGCGCAAGUUUCAAGUCAAUCAGAGAUCAAUUGACGAUUCGGGAGAAGAAACUCGGGUAUGACUUGAAGAAGAAUGGAUUUCUACCUCACUUUAUGGACAAAGAAUCAUGCAAGCUUGUCAUGAAAAGAAAGAGGACGAGACUACGAGUGUCUGGGAUCAAACGGCGACUGAUUCGGAGUCCGGACGAGGGAGAAACGAAGCAUUAAACAGAGGCUGAGCAAGCCACACGGGCACAACCCACACGGCCGUGUGACCUGGCCAUGUGGCCGUGUGGAAAUCACCGAGCCUUCACACAGGCAGCUGGGAAAGCCACACGGCCGUGUGGCCUGGCCGUGUGAGUCGGGAAUUGCUGUUUAAAACCCAAUUUUCAGCAAAAGGAAAGGGGGAGAGCUGGGUUUUGGAUCCCAAACACCCAAGGGACGAACCCUAGAGAGAGAGAGCGACUUGGGAACAUUCUUGGAGCUAUUUCGGAGGAUUUCUUCGCCAUUGGAGCUCGGGAAUCAAGCUUGGAGAUGGAGAUUGAAGAUCUAGAUCAGAUUUCUGCAGUCUCUCUCUUCUCUAUGGAGUAACUUCCCUUCACUUAGGUUUUGAGGAACCUUAGUUCCAUGAGUUAGGAUCUUUCUUGUAUGAAGUUUUGGAUGCUAUAUUGUUUGAUUAUAAUCGAAUGAUGCAUGUUUAUUUAGUCAAUUGAAGUCUGAUCAACUUUUCCUGAUUCUUGCUGCAAUCUGAGAUAGAUAGAAUCUUAUUAGGUUGCUAGAGUCUCAUCAUUCGGUAGUAGGAGAUUGGCUAUACGAGAGUUAGCCAGUUUACUGCUUUGUACUGGAAUCCAAUUCCAGUAGUGGAGUUCUGUGCUUAUUGCUUCAGCUUUCUAUCCCGGUGAAGACUAGUCGUCUGCCGGAUAGUUAGACUGAGAGGGCUUGGUCAGCUUAAGAGAUUCCAAGCUACUGUCGGAUCUUCCGCAGUUUAAUCAACAGUAAAUCAACCAAAAGGAAUUACAACUUGGACCUAAUUGAGGAGCUAGGGGGAAUCAUACCUAAGUAGUUCCCAAACUGUAAUUAGUAGUUUUACUUAGUUUAGUUAGUAUAGUAGUUUAGUUAAUCAAUCCUUAACCUAGUCUGCUAGAUAAUGAACUGAAGCUGAGUAAUAGUAACUCUAGAGACCCGUGGAUACGAUAUUUAUUACUUGUGCCACUAUACUGCAGUCCCUUUCAUUGGUUACACUUGGCCAUUGUUAGGUGUUGUGUUUUAGAGCAUCAGUUCUACAUAACAUCUGUCAUUUUCAAAAAUGACCCGAUUCCCAUUACUGCGUAGUUGACUAAUAGACAGAAGAUUGUGUUUUAAUCCAUCUACAAGCAGAACAUUUUUUAUCACAGGUAAAGGGUUUUUUCCUAUGCAUCCAGAGCCAAUAAUUAAUCCCUGACUAUCAUCACCAUAUGUAACUUUUCCACCACGUUUCAUAGUCAAGGAGUUAAACAGAUGUUUCUUACCGGACAUGUGAUGAGAGCAGCCACUGUCCAAAUACCAUUUUGAGUCGGUUGUAGGAGUGUAUAAAUUCUGACUUGUCUUGAAGGAGAAUUCAGAGUCAUUUAGUUCUGCUGAAGCCAUGAGAGCUUCUUCAUCUCCUAAAUCCUCUUCUUCUUCUUAUUCAUAGUCACUCCAGAUGGCUUUCAUUGCUUUUUCUUUUGCUCUUAAAGUAAGCGGACAGUUUGCUCGAAUGUGUCCUGGCUUUCCACAUUUAUAGCAAUCCUGAGCUUCCCUUUCUUGAUUACCUGGUUCAAAAGUCCUGGUAUGUGGAGUACGCAGCCUGUUUUGAGGGAAACUUUUAACUUUGUCAAAAGGGUUAGAGCGAUUAUAGGAAUUUCUAUUAUUAGCCUUUUGAUUUUGCUCUUGUUUAUAUUUCAGCAUCCUAUGAAAUUUAUUACUCACUAGAGCAAAUUCUCUAACAAAUUCCUCUCCCAGAUCAGAAUCAGAUUCAUAUUCUAUUGGCUGAGACUUGAAAGCUAAAGACUUUUUCCGUUUCUCAUCAUUGUUGUUAACUUGUUUAAGAACAUGUUCGUGACUUAGGAGAGAUCCAACAAGCUCAUCUACAGGAAGAGUGUUUAAGUUUUGAGCUUCCUCUAUAGCAGUCCUCUUGGGAAGCCAUUCCUUAGGAAGAGAUCUCAGGAUUUUCCUAUUUAAAUCUUUAGUGAGAAAAGUUUUCCCUAAUCCUUUUAGUUUGUUAAUAAGAACUGUAAAUCGAGACUUAUUAGAGAGAUCCAACAAGCUCAUCUACAGGAAGAGUGUUUAAGUUUCGAGCUUCCUCUAUAGCAGUCCUCUUGGGAAGCCAUUCCUUAGGAAGAGAUCUUAGGAUUUUCCUAUUUAAAUCUUUAGUGAGAAAAGUUUUCCCUAAUCCUUUUAGUUUGUUAAUAAGAACUGUAAAUCGAGACUUAUUAGAGAAAUCCAACAAGCUCAUCUACAUGAAGAGUGUUUAAGUUUCGAGCUUCCUCUAUAGCAGUCCUCUUGGGAAGCCAUUCCUUAGGAAGAGAUCUUAAGAUUUUCCUAUUUAAAUCUUUAGUGAGAAAAGUUUUCCCUAAUCCUUUUAGUUUGUUAAUAAGAACUGUAAAUCGAGAGUACAUUUCAUGAAUUCCUUCACCUAGAUCCAUGUCGAAGCACUCAUAUUCGUUGACCAGAAGAUCAAUUCUAGUUUCUUUGAUGUUCGAUGAUCCUUCGUAAGUGCUCUCCAGUGAACUCCAGAUUGCUUGCGCAGUCUCUCAAUGUUCCACUUAAUCGGCUUCUUCAGAUGCCAUAGCUGACUACAGGAUGUGCAUAGCCCUUUGAUUUAGUUGGGCGCUCUUCUUUUGAGCUGCUGACCAUAAAUUUUGCUGAUCUGCAUCCAUGGAGACAGGCCCAUCACGCACGACAGUCCAUGAUAGACCGUUAAUUGCACAUGUUUUUACCCCUAUUCUUGAGCCGUUUGAGAUGUUGAUUCUCGUGUUUUAGGCCGAUUUCACGCUAGGGUGUGCUUGUUUGUGAUAUUUCAGGUCCUAGUACGUGAAUGAAGGUUUGGGAGCGAGUUCGGGGUCGACUGGACGAAGAUCGGAAGUGUGGCGAGUCGCUGAGGAAGCCACACGGGCACCCAUAAAACCCACACGGCCGUGUAGGAAAUCAAUGUGGCCGUGUGGGAUUAUGCGAGGCUUCACACGGGCAGACUGGGCAUGCCACACGGUCGUGUGUCCCUGGCCGUGUAGGAAGCCUGAAAUCCAAUUACUCGGAACGCGGCGUUUUGUCUCUCACACGGGCAUCUGGGUAUGCCACACGGCCGUGUGGCCUGCCCGUGUGGGUUCGGAAUUCUGGUUUUUACCCAAUUUCGAGCCACAAGUUAGGGAAUCGACUUUUGAAAGCAAAAACAAAGCCCUAGAGAGAGAAAGUGCGAAGAACUCAUCCUAGAAGCAAUCUUGGAGCUGGGUUUCAUCAAAUCGAGCUUGGAGAUCAUCAUAGGAGUGGAAAUCAUCAUCCCAAAGCAGAUUCUUCCCAUUGUUAUGAGUAUGACUGCUUUGUAUUCUGUUUUCUUCUCUCUCUCUAUGGAGUAGAACCCUUCUCUCACUUGGGUAUGAAGAACCCUAGUUCCAUGUGUUAGGGAUUUGAUUGUAAUGACUUGGGAUGAUUAUACUGUUUGGUUUUAAUCGAAUGAUGCAUGUUUCAUUGAAUUGAUUGAAGUCUGAUCAGCUUUUCUUGAUUUCUGCUGCAACCUGAGAUAGAUAGAAUCUGAUUAGGUUGUUAGAGCUUCUUCAUUCGGUAGUAGGAGAUUGGCUAUACAAGAGUUAGCCAGUUUACUGCUUUGUACUGGAAUCCAAUUCCAGUAGUGGAGUUUUGUGCUUAUUGCUUCAGCUUUCUAUCCCGGUGAAGACUAGUCGUCUGCCGGGUAGUUAGACUGAGAGGGCUUGGUCAGCUUAAGAGAUUCCAAGCUACUGUCGGAUCUUCCGCAGUCUAAUCAACAGUAAAUCAACCCAGGGUAAUUACAACUGAGACCUAACUAAGGAGCUAGGGGGACUCAUUCCCGAGUGACUCUUCCUUGCUUUAGAAAACCGAACCAAUUCCUGCUUUCUUUCUGCUUUUAGUUAAAACAACAAUCAAUCGACUUAGUUGGCUAGAUAAUAGAUAAUCAUGGAGUAGGCAGUAGAUCUAGACCCCGGGUUGAUAUUUAGAACUUGCCACUUUACUGCAUUCUCGGACUGCGAUUACACUUGGUCGCAGUUUGGUGUUGUGUUUUGGCGUGUCAGUCCACAAAUUUGUAUCGACUCCCCGGAGAAAGGUCUUCAUCCUUUUCUUCCAGGCUGUGUAAUUUGACCCCGUGAAAAUCGGUGGAUGGUUGUAAGAUGCAUGACCAAAGUUGGUGGAGGCCAUCGAUCUGGAUCUUCUCUUGGCAGUAAUGAGCUCGAUCAAGGACCUGCUCUUAUACCACUUGUAAACAGGAAAUGCUCUCAACUCAGUUAGGGAUUUUGACCAUAAAAGUCAGCAGAAGAACAACCAAAACGACUCAGACAGAAAUGGUCUUUGCUAUGUAGUAAGAGAUGGAUUCAGUUGGGUCAAGAUUAAAUAAGCCCACAGAUCCGAAAGAAUCAAAUCUGGGCUUAGUCCCAACAGGCCCGCUUUCAGUUCAGAGAAGGAAGAAGGAAACACAUCUUCUUCUUUGCUGAAUCAAAAACAAAACCAAAAUGAAACAGAACAGAGGCAGCUUGCAGCAACAAGAAGAAAGGAAACAGAAGGUAAAGAACACAACGAGAUUUUUAACGAGGUUCACCACAGGGUUACUCCUCAUCCCGGGAUAGUACCACUAUCCCGAGAGACACUUUUGAUUUUCUUUUAGACUCAAGCAAAGAAGAGAAAAUGAUUACAGACACAAGUGAGAAAAUCAAAAUGCAAAAUUGACAGACUCGAAUUCGCACAAGAAUUCGUUACACCCUUUGAUCUAGCUGAACCUCUACCCCAACACAUAUCAAAGCCACUGAACUAAAGACCCAACCCUUUGCCCUCUAACACAAAGAAUCCUAGCUCGUGUUUUAGUGCAUUGACCCUUCCUCUGCUGCUUCUUUAAAUAGCCUUCCAAGAGAGCCGUUAAGUUUGAAUCUUGAGCAGAAAUGGAAGGUUGAGCAGAUGGUAAUUGAAAUCCCUGAUUGAUCGAUCUGCUCCCCCUUAAUUUGUGCUUCAAUUAUCUUGGCAAUCUGCUAACUUGAUUUGUGCCAUCUCAACAGACAUUAAAAAGACUUUUGAUUCAAUCAACUAGGAUUAUCUGUUUUGCCUUCUUGAUCUUAUGAGAUUUUCAAUUAAGUUUAUCAACUGGGUUCGAUAAUGUGUAACUUCAACCUACUUCGGUAUAACUAUCAAUGGUGGUUUACAAGGUUAUUUCUUUACACAUAAAGGUAUGCGUCAAGGUGACCCGCGCUCAACCUACUUGUUUAGCAUUUCCCUUUAGGUUUUGUCUUCGUUACUUGAUAAAACUCUACGGACAACCAACUGCCUUACCAUCCACAAUGCAAAGCCUUUCAUGGUUGCCCCUACCUUUGUUUUGCCGAUAAUCUUCUUAUAUUUAUUAAAGGUUCUGCUUUUGAACUCGAGUGUGUUUGUCGAGUCUUAAACCAGCUCUCCUCCUUUUCUUGUCUUUUUUUUCGUAAUUGUUCCAAUUGUGCCAUCUACUUUGGUGGUACUCCGCAUAAACUCAGAACGAUUUUACAAACAGUUAACCAAAGGUUCUACAACAGUUAACUAUUGAACCAAGAAUCACCAAGUUUUUCGGUUCAACUUUCCAAUCCGGUUAUGAAAACAGAGGUUGUAAAUAAACGCUCGAAAAAUAAGUAUUUUUUUUCAAUUUAUUAAUUGUAAAAUGAAUAGCUAAUAAAAAAAAAGUACCACAUAUAAGGUAAAAUAUCACAUUCAUUUAUAACGUAACGUACCGGUAAAAAGUCAAAGUUUCGUCAAACACGAUGAUUAUGAAAUGGAUUGUGUUUUCAGCCAUUGCUUAAUUCAAUUGCCAUAUCCUCAAACACCUCUUCAAUUUUUUGUCAACUAAAUCAUUAGUGAAUCCCCAAAUUCACUGCCCAUGAAUUUAAUUCCCCCCUUCAACAUGAAUUCAACACCCUCCGUUUCCAUCACUAUAUAUAUAUAUGUUGUUCUUAGAGGCUGAUGUACACAAGUAUAACAAAUCUCAAGAGAGCCUUCUGAAUACCAAUGGGCAUGCAGUAGAAGAGUACAAGGAUUCUUAAUCCUUAUCAUCAUCAUCAUCAUCAUCCUCGUCAUCACAAUUCACAGGGGUAAGGUAAGAAGUAAGAACUAUAAGAAUUAUCAAAAUUAAAAAAAAUAAAAAAAGAAAUAGUAAUUCAUCCCGUGUAAAAGGUACACAUACUCACACAGCGUUAGCCAUCCUUUUACAAUUUAUGUUUUUCUUUUAUUACAAUGAUAUUGCCUUUCUUCUUCUCCUCCUCCCUUUGUCUUUGACUGUUCGUCCACGACAAUAAUUCGGGAAACAACCUGAAUUCACAUUAUUCUUAUUAUUUUUGUUCAAAAAUAAAAUAAGAAUAAAAAUAGACGCGGCAGCAUGUCGUCUAUAUAAAAGCCGAAAAAUCUUGAUGGCUGCGAAGCAAAAAAAUUGCUUAUUAGAGAGCAGAGCAGUAGGGUUUUCUCUCUUUUUUCUCUCAGACCCAGUAGUACGCAACGCAGUCUUGCUUGCUGGCUGGCUACCAUUUCCUCUCUCUCUCUCUCUCUCUCUCUCCUUCUUCUCCUCUCUCAAACCUCAAUUCUGGUUUUGCUUCUCUGGCCGUAGAAAUAAAAAAAAAAAAAAAAAAGAUAAACGAACCCAUAUAACAGAAUUUGUCAUUUUGGUUGGUGAAUUCCACUCAUGGGUAGGGAGGACAGGCUGAAUCACUAUACUAGUUACUACAACAAUAACAAUUACUACUGUUGGUCGUCGUCGACAGCGGCGGAGAUGGUGACGGGAGGGGACGGAGAGGCGGCGGCGGCGAAGAGGAGGAUGGGGAGGAGGAGGAGGAAGAAGAAGGAGGUGGAGGUGGAGGUGCCUGCAUGGCUGUCGGGGCUGAUGGGGGAGAGCUUUUUCGGGAGCUGUGUGGUCCACGAGGAGCGGAGGAAGAAGGAGAAGAACGUUUACUGCUUGCUCUGCUGCCACAGCAUCUGCCCUCACUGCCUCCCUGCUCAGCACCGCGACCACCCUUUCCUCCAGGUUAGGAGAUACGUGUACCAUGAUGUUGUUCGUCUAGGCGAUCUCGAGAAGCUCAUUGACUGCUCCUACAUCCAGUCGUAUACGAUAAACAGUGCGAAGGUGAUAUUUGUGAAGGAGAGGCCACAGACGAGGAGUGGGGGGAAGGCCGUCACUGCCCACAACGUCUGCUUCAGUUGCGACAGAAUCCUUCAGCACCCCUUCCAUUUCUGCUCCCUCUCCUGCAAGGUGAAUCACAUGGUGGAGGGAGGGGAGGAGCUGGGCAGCAUCCUGGUGAUGGGCGCCGGCGGAGGAACAAUGAAUGAGCCAGUAGUUGACGACGAGGAGGAGGAUGAUGGUGCAGCAGCAGCUGCAGCUGGGUCGGAGGACAUGGCGUUCUCGCAGUUCGAGGAUUUGAGGAUGGACAGCUCUGAGAUCACUGACGACGAUGAAGCUGCUGGCGGCCAAGCCCAAUUAUUCAACUCCAUGCCGCCCUACCACCACCGCACCGUGGCCGAGGCCGACCCAUCCUCCACCGCCACCAAUCAGCUGACGAGGAAGAAGAAGAAGAAGCACGGCCCAUCUGGGGGUUUCCUGCAAGCUGCUCUCUCCUUCGGGAGCAGGAGGAAGGGCGCUCCUCACAGGGCUCCUCUUUCUUAGUUUAGUUAUAACUAAACUAACUAUGCUCGCUCUCCCUCUCUCUCAUCGAUCGGUUGGUUGGUUAAAUCAAGUCCGAAUAAGUUUUAGUUUCAGUAAUUGGAUUUGGAAGCAACCUUAACAAAGAAAAGAGAGGGAUAUUGGUGCACAAGUAGACUAGUAUGCAUUAUGUAAGGAAUGAACCAACCAACUGUAAUUCAUGCUUUGUAGCUAAUAUAAUUAAUAUGCCUAUUACUCUCCUGCUCCUGCAUCAUGCAAGUUGUUUUGGUUGGUACUUUUAGAUUAGACCAUGUGUUCAAUUAAAACCCAAUCACUCACGGAUCGUUUAGUAGGGAUAGUUACAAUGCAUCGUUUUUUUGAAUUUUUUUUUUCACAAACAAUAUAAGCAUUGUUACUUU